AUGGUGACAACGUUCAAGGUGGCAGUGCUGGGAGCUCAAGGGGUCGGGAAGAGCGCCAUUGUCCGCCAGUUCCUCUACAACGAGUUCAGCGAGGUCUGUGUCCCCACCAAGACCCGACGCGUCUACCUGCCCGCUGUGGUCAUGAACGGCCACGUCCACGACCUGCAGAUCAUGGACUUUCCCCCAAUCACGGCGUUCCCAGUAAACACCUUACAGGUAGGUCUCCCUCGCCUGCUCAGGCCUGCAGAGGACGGCUCUGCCUGGAGGGGGCAGCAGAGGAUGGCCCAUUGUCUGCCAUCUCCAUCUCCUGUGGGAGCCAGACCAGAUCCAUAGUUUUCCACCUCUUCAUACGGGACUCUGGAAAUUGUAGCUCUGGAAGAGGAACAGGCUUCCAAACAAGCCUCAACAACUUUGAACCAUUCUUUGAGGGAAGCCAUUUGUAUUGAAAGAGGCGUCGCAGUGCUUUAAAUGUAUGACAUGAGUCUGGAGUUUCAAUGUCCAAAUGCGUCGUCGUGCACGCAGAGAAACAGCUAUGCCAGGCACAAGGUUAAUUCUGAAUCCUUCUCCCAGACAUGCUAGCUUUCUACAUGCAAGGAGUGAUACGAAUCUCCACUUGCCCACAGCGUGUCCCUUCCUGGCCACAUGCACAGCAUACAUUUAGAGAACUAGGAUGCCAGUUUAAACAGCCGUGGCUUCCCCCAAAGAAUCAUGGGAGCUGUAGUUUCUUAAGGGUGCUGAGAGUUGUUAGGAGGCCCCAAUCUCCCUUUACAUAGCUACUAUUUCCCAGAGUUAAUUGAGAAGAGGGAUUACCGUAAUUGUUAAACCACUCUAUAUUAGAUGAAAGUUCUCAUAGAAAUCCCAUUAUUAAUAAUAGUACCAGGCCUGGUCCACUGAUGAGGUAAGGUAAGAUGCUCACCUGAACUGGCGGAAGCCAAGAUGCAACACCCGCCUUGCCUCUGCCACCCGCCCCGCCAACUCUGCCACCAGCAUUGGUUUCUAGCAAGAUCUCACUGAAGCCUUGUGAGAUCUCACGGAGCACAUGAGGUCUCACAAGACCUCAGCAAGAUCUCACAAAAUCUCACCAGAAGUUGGUGUCUCUGCCGGUGCUUUGUGGGUAUGCAGCGCAGGCAAAAGAGGUGUGAGGCAGGUGGUGUGGCACAGGAGCGCAGCAUGGGGAGGGGGCAGGAAGGCCGUUGCCCCAGGGGCAGGAUUUUGAGGGGGCACAAGCCAGGAACUCCUAUGCAGGGAUCCCCAUCCUGCCCUGCCUGCCGCAGGGGGUCCCUGGGUUCUUGAGCCCAGCCGGCCUUGCUGCUGUGGCCCCAACCCCCCUCACACCUGGCCAGUAUUAGGGGGCCAGUAUUAGGGGGAUGCACCUGCCAAGGGCUGCGUCGGCCAGCUAGGCUCCCCCCUGCACUUGCAGGCAAUGCAGCAAGGCCCAGGAACCCCCCACGCCCCACUCCUGCGGGUAGAAAGUGCCUUAUUUUGGUUUCCUGUAAGCAUCUCUGGCAGCCUUUUGGGCUGAAAAAAGGGCCACAAAUGCUCUAAAUAUAGAAAUAAUAAAUAGACAUGGCAUGGCUGACUGGUAAGAACCCUGAUCAGGAAUACACACACCCAACACAACCUUUGGUUGUAGGUCCCCCGUAUAAUAAGGUAAUAACUAUGUUGUCAGUUGCCAAAGAUCUGGUACACUGCCCUUUUAUUCAUGCCCAUUUUCAGAGCAGGAUUAAUUCUUUUCCUACAGCUUCAGCCUGAGAACGUAACUUCAAAAGCCUCGACUUUACCUUUCCUUUCUUAAAAUGAUGGUCCCUCGUUUACAGAGUCACAAUGGAGAGAGAGAGAAAUCUAAGAAAUCUCUGGGUAGCCUUUCUAAGGCUUGACACCCACAGCCUCCAAUUUCCUAGCAGGGGUUUGGAAGACUCAUUGCCUACCUAUUUAUUUAAUUUUUUUUUUUUUUAAUUGAUAUUUAUUAAAUUUUCAAAAAGUAACAAAUAACCACAAACAUUUCCAAAAAAAUUUGAAAAUACAAAUAAAACAAAAAUAAUACAGAAAUAGUAAAGAAGAAAAAAAACCAGCCGCAAAAAGAAAAAAAGAAAGACAGAUAAACAGAAAUAUAAAAUCCUUUACGAUCUCCAUUAACUUCCUUUCUAGACUUCCUCCUCCUUCCGUCUCUUGUUUCUUAGUAUUUAAUUUUUACAGCAAAUCCUUUCUGUUUUUCAUAACAAUCUAUCAUUGCGUUUCCUUAUUCUAUUUUCCCUCUUGUCAUAUAAAAACUUUAAAACACAAACCUUAUAUUCAAUAUUUAGAAAAUUCUAACAACAUUACCUUUUUCAAAUCAUUUACCAAUCCUUACUUAAGUCAUAUAAUUUCAUUCAACAUCCUUCAAACAUUUAUAAACAUUCCCAAUAUUAGAAAAUAAGAAAGCAAAAACAAUAAGUCAGAUUCAAUCCAGUCAACUUCCAGCCUCCCCUCCCCUGGACCCGGGAUUGUCAGUCCUUUUAACCUCAAUAAUCCGGCUCCUUAACCUGGUUGUCUCAUAUCCGAAGCCCUCAAGUCUCUUUCUUGCCCCUUUCGCCACUCUUGUUGAUAUUUCCCUUUCAGUCGUGGAUACUCCAGCAAGAAAAUGCUUUUGACUCUUUGCAGCAAGUCCAUCCCAAACCCAUUGCCCAAGCCAGACAGCAGAUAAUACCACUUCCAAUUUCCACGAAACUUGGAGACUUCGAAUACUCCAUUCCUCUGAUGGCCCAUCACUAGACUCGGAAAGUCCAAAUAACCAUAUAGAGGGGUGUCAAUCCAUCCCCCCAUUUCCAAAUCUGACCACAUUUCAUCUUUCCGAAUCAGGUUUGUCCCAAGUUCAUUUAUCAAGUUCAAAGGCUGAUCUUGCCCAUCCAUAAGUCCCUCCAUCUCUGAAGCCUCCGUCGCUACAGCAGGUUCAUAUACUUGUAUAGACUUUAACUGAAUUUCAUUUGUUUGCUGCUGUGCUCUGGUAACUUCCGUCCUCAUCAAGGUCGACUCCUGACGCAUCUGGUCCAGCUGGGCACUUAAUUUUGCAAAACCUUCCAGGAACACUUGUUCAAGCCUUUGUACAAGCAUUGUCCUUCAAGGUCAGAAAAAAUUCUUUCCCACGAGAAUGAUCCUUCUCUUUUAAACUCUCUGCAUUGCAAUUUCACUCAGUUCCACUAGAUGGAAAACCCUUUUUUUUUUUUUUAAGAGGGGGAAAAACAACAGUAACAAUCUUUCUUUUUCCAGAAACUCUUUAUCCAAAAUUCCCCUUUCAAAUUCAAGAGGCAACAGUAGAAUCAAAAUGUUACCCUUCUUUUAACUAUCUGUCGAGCUGGAUAAGCUUCAAAACGUCAGUUCUGACAGCCCGCUCCUGGUUCAGGGCGGUGGAAAAUUACUUUAUUUUAAACUCACUCCCGCAGGGUUGAAAAGAUCAAAACAACCCCCUUCUUCUCCUGCAAUCGAAGGGGGGGUUCAGAAAUCUUAGAUGUUGAAUUUUAGUUCUCUCAGAAUUUAGUUUCCAGGCUUUAGUAUAAUUUGUCUUUGCUUUCUUCACGUAACAAAAGAACGGAAGGCGACUUCCUGUUUAGACCUUUCCGUUCCGAGUCCCAAUUAAAUUCAAUUUCAAGUUCAAGUCCAAUGUUAUUUAUUUAUUCACCAAUCUUAAAAGUAGUUCAGCUCUUCCAGGAUCGGGUACUCACGGAUAGAUGUUUUAGAUGCCAAAUUGUCCAGGAAAAGGCAGCGCUCUCCGAAAACGGCAGUGCGGCUUUGCUGCACGGAGGAAGCAGACGACUCACAGCACCACGCACCUCCCACUCCGGAGCCCGUUACCGGGCUCCUGCUACAAGGGAGAGAGCGCUCUCGGUGCCCGCCGAGUCCCACGCCCACAGGCUUCUUCCGCCUGUGGUUUUAAGGGUCCCCGCUGCGCCGUAGCGGCAGGACCCAAGCCUCCGUGCAGCGGGUUCCCUUCAGUUCGAAGGGAAUUCCGCCAUUUUUCGGAGGCGCCACCCCGGAAGCCUACCUAUUUAUUUAAAACAGGAAGUCUUAGUUUGCCUUCGUGCAUUGACAGUGGGCUUCUCAGUGACACCUGAGUGGAGCUGGAAACUGGACCAGGUAGAUCUGUCGGAGAGCUCUUGGGUUUUUGUUGAUCUUGAUGGCUAGGAAUGAAACCUCCAUGUUCAGAGGCAGUCUACCACCCAUGGGUAAACUGUGGGAGAGGACGAUUGUCUUCAAGCCUUGUGGGAGGAGGCACCAAAUGGGCCACUAUCUAGAAAGUCUGAUGGUGAUGAUUUUCUUCUCAUUAUCUUCUUAUUAUUUGAAAGCCUCAUGCCGGGGGGCCAAAUGUGGCCCUCGGAACUCUCUCUCAGGCCACGCCCCUCCCUGCCUCUUCUUCACACCCCACAUGCUUUUGUCAGGCUGGGAUGGGUCCUUGAACUCUGACGAAGCCUCUUGCUUGCUUGCCUGGAUGGAUGGAUGAUAGAGAAGGGUGUGCGCUAAAGGGGAAAUAAAUGCUCCACCCCUUUUGCCUCUGGCCCUGCAAGUGCUGUCUGGGGCUGAUGGGACCUGCAGUCCAACCACAUCUGGAGGGCGCCAGCUUGGCCAAGGCUGUUUUGCAGCAAUAUACAGUGGUACCUCGGUUUUUGAAUGUCUCCAUUGGUGAACAAUUCAGUUUUCAAACGCCAUAACCCCGGAAGUAAAUGCUUUGGUUUUCAAACUUGCCUCGGAAGUCCAACAUGCCACAUGGCUUCUGUAUUGAGCUUUUUGUAUUGAUGCUUCCGUACUGAGUUUUUGGUUUUCAAACGUUUCGGAACUCGGAUGGUCUUCCAGAACAGAUUACAUUCGAAAACUGAGGUACAACUGUACAGUGCUACCUCGGUUUACGGACUUAAUCCAUUCCAGAAGCCCAUUCUUAAACCAAAUCUGUUCUUAAACUGAGGCGUGUUUUCCCCUCAUGAGGCCUCCUGCCGUUGGCUGAUGCCCUUCCACUGUUCGGCUUCUGUUCAUAGACCAAGGUAAAGUUUGCUAACCGGAACACCUACUUCCGGUUUUGUGGAGUUCAUAAACCGAAUAGUUUGUUAACAGGGCUGUUUGUAAACCGAGGUACCGCUGUACAUGUUAAGCUGUAAUUUGCAGUUCGCAACAGAAGCCGUAAGCUGGCAUUGAACGGUUCAGCCUGAAUCUCCAGGUGGCUGCAAGGAACCUGCCACUGUAGAGGCAGCGUCUCUCACCCCAGGCAGUGGCGUAGCGUGGGUGGCUGGUGCCCGGGGCGGGGCAAGUGUUGUGCUGCCCUGGUGAACCGAUCAGCGGUCAGUCCCUUUGCUGGCCAGAAUCUAAUGAAGGGUUGUAUCUCCUUGCACACUAACCCCACCCUGGGAGCCCGUAUAAAGAAGCUGUGUCAACUCGCCCUCCUGUCCUUGCCUCAAGGCGCUCUGGACAAUGCAAAUGGCUCCAGCAGUGCUUUCCCACCUUUCUCUUCCUCCCUUCUUCCUCGGUGGGCACUGGCGCCGCCCUCCCCCUCCCCAUCCUCCCUCUCAGCUGACCCAGGGGCGGCCAUGUUUGGGCCUCUUUUCAAUGGCGACAAGGAGAAGGAGGCGCUUCCCCCGCCUGGCUUGGGCAUGGCUUGCCUCCCCGUGGCUCUGGCCUCGAUGAGGGAGCCUGUCGGGGGGGCACCUAGUUGCUCCUCCCUGCGAAAUUUGCACCCGGGGCCACAACCCACGCUAUGCCAAUGACCCCCCAGCCAGCUUCCGGGAUGCAGGGUGACGUCUCUCGUUCUCCUCUCCUGCGUCUUCCUGGGGGGGUGGGGUGCGGAGGAGCAGGUGACGAGGAAGAUUUGCGUGCGGGAAGAAGGAAAGGUCAACGAAUGAGGCAAUCGGAAAUAGCACAGGAUAAAUGAUCAACAGAGGCAUAUGGCGGGGACAAACUGGAUUGGGCCCAUGCCUUGGAAUGCAAAUGGGGUGGGUGGGUGUGAUGCAGGAGCAGAUGGAGGCUUGUAAGGGGGGGGGAAGGAGAAGCUUUGCUGGAGAUGGUGACAUUGUUGGGCAGGACCCAUAAGGAGGCAGCCUGUCAGAGAGGAGGGGAAGGAAUCUUGUUUCCUUCCACAUUGAGAAAGGGGGAAAGGGGGGAAUUUGCAUCCAUAGCUCCACCCACUUUCAUCUCUGGCCCUGCCCACCACUGACGUGUGGCCCCUGGGAGUUCAAGCACAAAGGAAUGUGGCCCUCUGGCUGGAAAGUACUUGGUCUUGACCUUUAAAAGCCUAAAUGGCCUCAGCCCAGUAUACCUGAAGGAGCGUCUCCACCCCCAUCGUUCUGCCCGGACACUGAGGUCCAGCACCGAGAAGCCAAUUUACAGGAAAAUAAGCAGAGGGCCUUCUCGGUAGUGGCACCCGCCCUGUGGAACGCCCUCCCACCAGAUGUCAAAGAGAAAAACAACUACCAGACUUUUAGAAGACAUCUGAAGGCAGCCCUGUUUGGGGAUGCUUUUAAUGUUUAAUAGGUUAUUGUAUUUUAGUGUUUUGUUGGAAGCCGCCCAGAGUGGCUGGGGAAACCCAGACAGAUGGGCAGGGUAUAAAUAAUAAAUUAUUAUUAUUAUUCCCUCCCCUGGCCAUAUACCUUGGUUAUCGAACUUCAUCCAUUCUGGGAGUCUGUUCGACUCCCGAAACUGUUCGAAAACCAAGGCGCAGCUUCCACUUGGCUGCAGGAGCUUCCUGCACUCAAUCAGAAGCUGCGUUGGACAUUUGGCUUCCAAAAAACGUUCCCAAACCAGAACACUGACUUCUGGGUUUGCGGCGUUUGGGAGCUGAUUUGUUCGACAACUAAGCCGUUCGAGAACCAAGGUACGACUGUAGAUCAAAGUAGCACUGGGAAUCAGGCUUUGAAACAAAGAAGAACCAAAGAAGAGGCCUGCUUCAUCAGGCCAGUGGCCCACCUGGUCAUGGAAUCCUUGAAACAUAGAAUUGUGGCAUUUGAAGGUAUCCCGGCGGUCAUCUAGUCCAACCCCCUGCCUUGUUCCAGCAUCCUCUUCUCACAGUGGCCAACUAGAUGUCUAUUUUCUGGGAAGCCUGCGAGCAGGAGCAGAGCACAAGAGCCCUCUCCCCUCCUGUGGUUCCUGGCAACUGGUAUUCACAAGUAUUGCUGCCUCCACCUGUGGAGGCAGAGCAGAGCCAUCGUGGCCAAGCAGUAGCAGCCCUCUCCUCCUCCAUGAAUUUGCCCAACCUUUUCCCAAAGGCAUCUAGGUUGAUGACCAUCCUAGCCUCCUGUGGGAGGUAGUUCCCCAGUUUAACUACACUGUGUGCUGCUAGUAGCCAUCGAUGGCUUUCUCCUCCUUUCUAUGGCCUUCUCCUCCAUAAAUGGCCGUAUAACAACAACAACAACAACAACAACAACAACAACAACAACAACCCACCCAUCUGGCUGGGUUUCCCCAGCCACUCUGGGCUGCUUCCAACAGAAUAUUAAAAUACAAUAGUCUGUUAAACAUUAAAAGCUUCCCUAAACAGGGCUGCCUUCAGAUGUCUUCUAAAAGUCUGGUAGUUGUUUUACUCUUUGACGUCUGGUGGGAGGGUGUUCCACAGGGCGGGCGCCACUACCGAGAAGGCCCUCUGCCUGGUUCCCUGUAGCUUUGCUGCUCGCAGCGAGGGAACCACCAGAAGGCCCUCAGCGCUGGACCUCAGUGUCCGGGCAGAACGAUGGGGAUGGAGACACUCCUUCAGUAUGCAGGACCGAGGCCUUUUAGGGCUUGAUCUUUGAAGCACACUUUGAAUUGUGCUUUGAAACGUACUCAAACAUAUAGACUGGUUUGAAAGCCUGUGUACAAUACCAGCCAAAAUUUCAGAAUCCAGAGAGUGAAAACAGAUAUCCUAUUAUUAUUAUUAUUAUUAUUAUUAUUAUUAUUAUUUGAAGAUGAAAUAGGAAGCUGCCUUUAACUAGGCUAACCCAUUGGCCCACCCAACCUAAUAUUUUUUACUCUUAUUGGCAGCAGCCCCCCAGGAUCUCCAGGCCCAGAAAAGUUUUUCUUAGGAACUUGAUCUAUUUCCUUUCAGUGGAUCGUGCCACCAGGGUUUGAACACAGCUCUUUCUGUGUGCAAGGCAGGAGAGGGGUUUCUGCUGCUGAACGAUAAGCCCACCCUGCGGAGCUCCUGCCAUGAGCAGAAUGGAUUAUGCAAAAUGAGAGAGGGGUCUCCCCUCCCCCAUUCUCCUCUCCACUUUUCUUUUCGAUUUGCACUAUUUUUAACAUGGCUCAGGAUUCCAGGUUUCUGGUCUCUCUGUUUCUUGGGUGUUGUUGUUUUUUGCAACCUAAAAUUCAAUUUUCUACGUUUUGCAGCAAUCCGCAAUUAUUGGUGUUUUACUGCAAAUUUCUCCUGAUUAAUGCAGGUUUGACUGACGUAUACAUGUUUAUAAGCAUUUCCCCAAAUAUGGCGUAUGUUAUUUCCCCCCUCAUAAUGCAUUUUUGGAAACCUAGUUUGGUUGGAGAAACACAUCGCAAAUUUUGGGUGCAUAUGAAUUUCAAAAGAUUGCUGUAUUUUGGUUCCUCUGCUGCGUCAGAAAGUACAAAUUGGAUAGAUUUGGCUUUAAAUGAAUACUGAAUUGGAAACCUCAUCAUCCUUACUUCUUGCAAGAUUUGGAUUGCCUGGGUACAAAGCACUAUCAUCACCACCAUUAAAAAACCCAGAAUUCACAGGAAAACAGCAUGCUGACCCUCCCUUGGAGUUUAGUGACAAAAAGGAAUUUGAGAUAAGUGUUAAAACAUCCUUGGACUACAGUGGAGCCACACUCACAGAUUUUGAACCUACUGACCCUACCACAGCUUAGAAGACUGGCUUAGUGGUUAGAGUGUCCGACUACGACCGUCUGGGAGAGAGACCUGGGUUCAAAUUCCCCUCUCAGCCAAGAAGCCUGCUGGGUGACUGUGGGCUGGUCCCUGUCUCUCAGCUUAACCUACCUCACAGGGUUGUUGUGAGGUUGAAAAUGUCAAAGUGGGAACCAUGUACACCACCUUGAACUCCUUGGAAGAAAGGUGGGAAGGAAAUGUAAUGAUAAAUAAUAACACAUUUCAUCUAAAUAUAUGGGACUUCUGACAUAGGGGGCAAACGGCGGCCUUCCAAGCCUCUCUAUCCGGCCCUCAGAACUCUCUCCAGGCCACACCCCUCUCCUUAGACCACAGCCCUCACCAGCCCUGCUUCGGACCCCGAGUGUCUUUGCCUGACUAAAAUAUGCCCUUGAACUCAAAUAAUGCAUUUUCCUUGCUUGAAUGGAGGGCAGGCAUUUACAGUGGUACCUCUGCAUGCGAACAGGAUCCGUUCUGGAGCCCCGUUCGCAUCCUGAAGCGAAUGCAACCCACGUCUGCGUGGGUCGCGAUUCGCUGCUCCUGCUCCUGCGCAUGAUGUCAUUUUGAGCAUCUGCGCAUGCGUGAGCGGCAAAACCCAGAAGUAGCGCGUUCUGUUACUUCUGGGUCGCUGCGGAGUGCAACCCGAAAAUGCUCAACCCGAAGCAUAUUUAACCUGAGGUAUGACUGUAUUUGAAUAAAAAGCAGCAUAGAAAUAGAAUCAAUCAGUCAGUCAGUCAGUCAGUCAGUCAGAGAAGCGUGUGUGUCUAGAAGCUAGAGUUAAAGGUAAAAUUUACAUUCCUUGCUCCACCUCGUUUCUGCCUUUAGCCCCACCCAGCAUUGGGAGGUUGCUCAGAAGGCAAUGUAGCUUUUGGGCUGAAAAAUUGUCUCCCACCUGAGAUAGAUGAUAGAAUUGUAGAGUUGGGAGGUACUCCGGGGGUCAUCUAGUCCAACGCCCUGCAGGACUUCUUCUUCUUUUUUGGGGGGGGUCAUCACAAGAAGUUGAAGCAGCAGUGGACCUGCAUUUUAGAUUGUUGGGAUGGGGUUGCUGUGACUAUCUCAGCCUACUUUGACAGCAGCAAUGAAGCUCGUCUCUCCAGCUAAAAGCAAACAAAGGCUGAUGCUUUUCCAUGAACUACUCAUGGACGCAGCAGACACAGGCUAAUGGCUGGUGCCUCCGUACAACAGAUCAUCUCCCGGAAAUAAAUGGAAUUCAUGCUUUUUGGAAAGAGCCUGCAAGGAGCGCGGGUUGGCUCCAGGGCAUCUUUUUUCAUUGAUGGCACAGAUGUACUAUACGUGCAUGUACAGUAAGCCCACAUUUAGCUUUAUGCACAUGGCAAAAAAAUGCAAACAUAAAUAGAAAUGGGGUGAAGUUCCAGGAAAAACAACUUUGGCAAUCCCAUCCACCAUUGCACUCAAUGGGUAUUGACUAUACAUGAUUUCAGCUUCAGGCAUGAUCCCCGGAACAUGACCCCCACGUAAAUUGCAAGCUUGCUGUAAUUGUUUCCAUUCCCAUUUUCCUUUAAAAUAUAUGGGGAAAUAUGUGGCUCAGUGGUAGAGAAUCUGCUUGGCAUGCAGAAUGUCCCAGGCUUUCACUACCAGAAAGAGCAUCGCGGGCUCCUACUAGAGGCUCUGAGAGUACAGUGAUUCUGCCUUUGGGCUUGCUGUAAGAUGCUAGUAAGUCGUUCCAUAGUGAUAGGCGUUUUUGACACCAUGUUGAGUUCCAGCACCUCACACUGCCAUUGCCUGAGCUUCUCGGAUGUCACAGAUGGGUCAGCGUGGUGGCCUAGGGUGAGCUGGAAGAAGCAGGAUCUGCAAGCCCCAGGUGUAGCCCUAAAAUCCCGUUGGGCUGGACUUUCACAAUUUCAUUCGCUGGGCUUUUGGUGCCAAGGGCAGAGAGAGGGAGGAGAGUGGUAUCACAUGGAAUCCAGGCUGUUCUGCUGUUUCCCAAAUGUUCUUUCUGCAAAGGGAAAAUGAAAUGGAUGCUUAUAAAACUGGAACAGUGUGACUCUGCGACGGAGGGAUUGGGGGCUUUCUAGAGUUGGCACAGUUGGCCACUGAGGGAAGCACUCAAAGAGGGAAAGCAGCUGUGGAGUCAGGAGAGAGCUAUCCAGCCUGUGGCUCCAAUACUUUGGCCACCUCAUGAGAAGAGAAGACUCCCUGGAAAAGACCCUGAUGCUGGGAAAGAUGGGGGACACAAGGAGAAGGGGACGACAGAGGAUGAGAUGGUUGGACAGUGUUCUUGAAGCUACAAACAUGAGUCUGACCAAACUGCGGGAGGUAGUGGAAAAUAGGAGUGCCUGGCGUGCUCUGGUCCAUGGGGUCACGAAGAGUCGGACACGACUAAACGACUAAACAACAACAACAUCCAGCCUGUGACUCAGUGACUCCAGCAAAGGAGAGUCCACCACAUCUGAAGGCAGUCUCUUCCACCCUCAAACAGCUCUGACCCUUCCAAUCUGGGAUGCUUCUCCUGACAAGAACAUAUGGAGAGUCUGGCUGCUGGAUCAGGACAAAAAAGGGCCCAUCUGGUCCAGCACACUGGAACAUAGCAUCAUUCCAGGGCAUUGUUGGAGGUGGUGGGAACAAAAAAAUGGCUGCCAUUCUCCAAAUUGUGGCUGUAGAAUAUUUAAAGAACAUCCCACAAAGGCGCUUUCAUUUUGUGGGCGGCAGGAGGUGGUUGAGCAUUUUCCCCAGAACGAAGUACUUUAAGACAAUUCAAUUCCACUCACGUUCUGGCAUCCAUCACCCACCUCAGUAGGCUGCACCCACUUCAGAGGCCUUCCCUUGCGGCCUCCCCCCUCCCACCACAGGUUUCUUACUACAGUGGUACCUUGGUUCUCAAACACUGCAAACCUGGAAGUAAGUGUUCCGGUUUGUGAACUUUGUUUGGCAGCAGAAUGUGCUCCGUUUUGAGUGUUUCGCUUCCAAUUUGAGUGCCAAACUUCCAUUUUGAGUGCUACGCUGAGGUCUAUCUGGUUUUGCUAUUUAUUUUGCGUUUUUGUGGCUCAUUUGUUUUUGUUUUUGUGACCGUGUGGAACCCAGUUCAGCUACUGAUUGAUUGAUUGAUUGAUUGAUUGAUUGAUUGAUUGACUGCAGUACAGUGGUACCUCAGUUUAUGAACUUAAUCCGUUCCUGAAGUCUGCUCUUAAACCAAAUCCGUUCUUAAACUGAGGUGCGUUUUUCCUAAUGAGGCCUCCUGCCACCAGUGGCCUUCCACUGUUUGGCUUACAUUCGUAGACCAAGGUAAAGUUUGCAAACUAGAACACUACUUCUGGUUUUGCGGAGUUCAUAAACUGAAUACACUGGUACCUCUGGUUGCGAACGGGAUCCGUUCUGGAGCCCCAUUCACAACAUGAGCAAAAUGCAACCAACGUCUGCGCGUCUGUGCGUGCGCGAGUCGCGAUUCGCCACUUCUGCGCAUGCGCGAGUGGUGAAACCCGGAAGUAACCCUUUCCAGUACUCCCAGGUCGCCGCGGGAUGCAACCUGAAAACGUGCAACCUGAUGCAAAUGUAACAAGAGGUAUGACUGUAGUUUGUAAACAGGACUGUUCGUAAACCACUGUACAUUGUUUCUUGCUUUCGUUUUAUGGAUCAAUGGUCUCCUUAGAUAGUUAGAUUCAUGUUAAAUUGCUGUUUUAGGGGUUGUUUUUAAAAGUCUGGAACGGAUUAAUCCAUUCUGCAUUACUUUCUAUAGGAAAGCGCGCCUUAGUUUUGGAACAGAUUCCGGAACAGAUUAAGUUUGAGAACCAAGGUACCACUGUACUUAAAGAGAAAUUGGAGAGCUGGGCUGUCCCUGAGCUGGGCACUGCUUCCACAAUUGAGCUGAAGACUGGGAGUGAACCCUUCCUCCUUGGAUUAAGCUUGUGGGGGGGGGGACUGCUGGUGGUGUUGCGGUCACUCCCAUGGCUCUCUGUGUGUUGUGCGUUCCCUGAUCCGUCCCUCUCUCCCUCUCUGUCUUGCAGGAGUGGGCGGACGUGUGCUGCAGAGGCCUCCGGAGCGUUCAUGCCUACAUCUUGGUCUAUGACAUCUGUUGUUUUGACAGCUUUGAGUAUGUCAAGACCAUUAGGCAGCAGAUCCUGGAAACAAGGUAAAAAUAUGCCUCUGCUCAACUUCACCUGGGAUCUGACUGGAAAAAAGGGGUGGUGGCCGUAGAGCCAGAUGUUAAUUCAGGGAGACUCAAAAUGAUGGGUUGUCCCAGUGUGUGGCAGCUGUGAGAAAGGCACAUUUCAGUCCUAGGGAAUCAUUGAAAAUAAAACUGCCAAUAUUGUAAAUGCCAUUCUGCAAAUCCUAUGGUUGCAGCCACAUUUGGAAUAUCCCAUACUCAAGGGGAGGAGAAACUGGGGAUAUCCAAUGAGUUGCAAAAUCCUGGGAGCCUAGACCAGCAUCCGUCUUCCCUCCAGCCAAUCCCUUCUACUUUAUACAGAGUGAUUUCCUGCCCCAGGUUUCUCCCCGAGAACAGGGCAAAUUCCUGCCUUUACAAACUCUGGUCUUAGAUUUCCCAUGGCAUGGAACCCAAGUGAUCUAGCACUUGGAGUUUCUCAAAUCCUGAGAAUGACAAACACGAUCAUAUACACGCUUAACUUUCUUAAGAGAAUAGAAGGAGAAGGGCAGUUGGAGCCAACAAGAAAAAAAUGUUCUCAAGUUCUCCAAAGAACCAGGUGUUCUUUGCUGGAUCACUAUUGCAAGGGACCUGCUGUAACCUAAGAUGUAAGAAGGGAAGAAGAACGUGCUGGAUCAGGCCAAUGGCCCAUCUGGUACAGCACCCUGUUCUCAGAUGCCCCAUGUGGGAAACCCUCAAGCAGAACCCGAACUCAGCAGCACUGUACCCAACUGCAGUUCUCAGCAACUUGUUGGCAGGGUAGCUAAAUUGCAGCUAGGAAGCCAAAUCAUGUGCAAUACUGACUCUUUUCUUUAAAUUAAAACAAGUACUUGUUAAAAUAUUUAAAAAGCUUUUACUUGCAGAACCUAUAGCCAAAGAAGAAUAUAUGCAAAGUAUUUACAUUCACAUGUUCAUCCAAGCAUGGGCUUCCCCCUUUUUUUUGAAGAUUGCAGUUUCUUCACUAAACAUUCGAACAAACUGUGUCUUUCUCUCUUGUAUUCAGUCGUCUGUACAUGGCCUAGUUGGCCAUGCAGUUCCUUCAGAGAGGUUUCCCUUUUCUCCUUCCAGCAGAACUUCUCCUUACUGCUUAUCUGAGAGAUCAUCAACCUCUGUACUUCUUUCCACCACAUGCAUCCACACAGAAAUAUUAGCACUCCUCUCCUCUAUUGUGUUUAGAGAGAGAGUUAUCUAACACUGUCUCUUCUUCAGUGUUCAUGGAGAUGCAGCCAUUGUCGUCAAGUCACUCACACACAAAAAAGAAUGGAAAAUGUAUUAAGGUACCUAUCAUGUGACCAGUGCUAACCAAUCACACAAGAGUUACAGGGGAACAUUUGAGAAUUAAACACACAGCAAUGCAUUUAAGCAUUCCCAACUUCAGUAAAUUAAAUCACUAUACAGCUGUACCUUGGAUCUCAAACACCUUAGCUCCCAAACAAAUUGGCUCCCGAACGAUCGAAACCCGGAAGUGAGUGUUCCGGUUUUUGAACGUUCUUUUGGAAGCCGAAUGUCCGAUGGGGCUUCUGUGGCUUCUGAUUGGCUGCAGGAGUUUCCUGCAGCCAAUCAGAAGCCACGCUUGGGUUUUUGAACAUUUUGGGAAGUCAAACGGACUUCCGGAACGGAUUCCAUUCGACUUCCAAGCUACGACUAUACUUAAUACAUACGGCCAAAGUUGUUGAGCUGUUUUUCUUUUCUAUUUUGGCACAAAAUCUACACUUCCCGGCCACAUCCGGGAAAUUCCAGAUGUAUGGCAGCCCUAGGUGUGGCAGCCUCUGGGCGUGGCCUCUCUCAUUCUCCAACCAUUUAGGCUUCUCUUUCCCUCUCUCGGCAGGGUCAUUGGCACCUCCGACACACCCAUCAUUAUCGUGGGGAACAAGAGGGACCUCCAGAAAGGGCGGGUCAUCCCCCGCUGGAACGUCUCCAACCUGGUGAAGAAGACCUGGAAGUGUGGCUACAUCGAGUGCUCGGCCAAGUACAACUGGCACAUCCUCCUGCUCUUCAGCGAACUCCUCAAGAGCGUGGGAUGUGCCCGGUGCAAGCAUGUCCACACCACCAUCCGCUUCCAGGGCGCCCUGCGGAGGAACCGGUGCGCCAUCAUGUGA